AUGGAGAUUUCAGCUGUUACAGAGCCCUACUACAACAUAGUCACUGAGAAUGACUACAUUCCCGGAAUCUUAUGUGUGAGCAUGGAUGUGCGAGCAUUUGGAAUAUCAGUGCUGACUCCCCUCUACUCCCUGGUGUUCAUCAUUGGCGUGAUAGGCAAUGUCCUGGUGGUUCUGGUGCUCACGCAGCACAAGAGGCUUCGAAGCAUGACCAGCAUUUACCUGUUUAACCUGGCGGUCUCUGACCUGGUCUUCCUCUUCACAUUACCUUUCUGGAUUGACUAUAUCAUAAAAGGAGACUGGAUUUUUGGUGAUGCCAUGUGUAAGUUCCUUUCUGGAUUUUAUUACCUGGGCUUGUAUAGUGACAUGUUUUUUAUCACCCUACUUACAGUUGAUAGGUACCUAGCUGUUGUCCAUGCUGUGUUCGCCCUGCGGGCCCGGACUGUCACUUUUGGCAUCAUCACCAGCAUCAUCACCUGGGUCCUGGCCAUCUUGGCUUCAAUUCCUUGUCUGUAUUUUUUUAAGGCCCAGUUGGAAUUCACUUACCAUACCUGCAGAGCAGUUUUACCCAAGGAGAGCCUGAAACAUUUUUUGAGGUUUCAGGCUCUAACAAUGAACAUCCUUGGGCUAAUUUUGCCUCUGUUGGCCAUGAUCAUCUGCUACACAAGGAUCAUCAAUGUUCUACACAGAAGACCCAAUAAGAAGAAGGCCAAAGCUAUGCGUCUGAUUUUUGUUAUUACACUUCUGUUUUUCCUUCUAUGGACCCCCUACUAUCUGGCUGCAUUUGUUUCUGCUUUUGAAGACUUCCUAUUCACCAGCGGGUGUGAGAGAAGCCAACAACUGGACCUAGCCUUGAUGGUAACAGAGGCAAUUGCCUAUACCCACUGCUGUGUCAACCCAGUCAUUUACGUCUUUGUGGGUGAGCGGUUCCGGAAGUACCUCAGGCAGCUGUUUCAGAGGCAUACAGCUGUACCCCUGGCAAAAUGGCUGCCCUUCCUCUCUGUAGACCGAACACAGAGGGCCAGUGUCAUGUCUCCAUCCACAGGGGAGAAUGAUCUCUCAGCUGGCCUCUAAUUUGGAGCUCUAGAUUCCAACAAAGGCCCAGGAAAGAGUGAAAAGAUAGCAUGCCUCUUUAAGACAGAUACUGAGGAUUCAUAGAUCAGAAGGACCCUGCAGGUAGCUUAGAUACAGCUCUUCAAUGUUUGCAAUGAUCUUCUUCCUGUCAGAAAGGGAAAGUAUGAACAAAUUGGGACAUUCCAGAGACUGGGACAAUAGUUCUGGGGAAGGGCUUAUGACAACAAGAAGUAGGGUUUGUGGUCAUUAGCCCUGGCAAACAAAAGUGAACACCACUCCCAAUGAUUAUGGAACCAGUUGUUCCACCACACCACCGAUGUAGGGCCUAGGCUCUUGGAAACCCUGGAACUCAAGGUCAAAGUAUUUGAGACACUGCUUUGUCAUUUGAGUAGGGAAGUCUUUAAAGAGAAUUUUAUAUUCAUUAAAACCAAAGAUUUCUGGCAAAUAGAUAGGGAAGGAUAUUCACCUGUUUAUAUUCUUCUA